AUGGCAACACGCUCCUCGCCGGGGUCUGUAGACCCUCGUUACGUGGCGGCCCCAGCGGGCUCAAUUCCUGGGGUUGCUGGUAGGGCCUCUGUCUCGUGUAAAGACUUGUACUCGCGCACAAGAUCUCGCAGCUUGAGGAGGCCACCACCAGCUGGUGGCUGUGGGUGGUAUGAAUACGGGCUGUAUGACGUUGCACUGGAGCUGACAGAAGUUCCUUUGCGGCCGUUUGAGUUGGAGUAUAGAGAACGCACUAUCUUGACGCCUGAGGAGCCACAGCCUAUAGAACUUCCCAGCACCAGACAGCCCCCUGUGCUGGUUAAACUUAAACAUAAACCUCGCGCUUGUGCUCCGCCUCACCCCUCUACUGUACGCCUCCGUUAUGAGCCUGAGGCCGCUCCUGUAGUGUUUCCUACAGAAGGGCACAAGAAACAGCAGAAAACAGACAAAAUAGAAAAACAACCGUCAACACAAAUACACAAAGAAGCAGAAUCCAGCGCUGCAAAGGAACGCCAUAAAACAGAAAAAGGAGAAAAGCAUGAGAAAGCUGAUAAGGGGGAUAAGGGCGAUAAGCAAGAAAAAGGAGAAAAGCAAAAUAAAGAAAAAUCUGAAAAAAAGGAAAAAGAGAAGAAAAAGAACAAAGAUCAACCUCAGGAACAACCUCAAAAGGAAGAUUCCUAA